GUGUCAUGCGCACUGCACUGACUCACAGGGAAGACACCAGUUUUAAGAGAAAUAACAAAGGAUUCAUAAUAAUCUUAUGCAGUGUGACUUAACAUAGGGUUUUAUAUUACUAAUUUCAUUCCCUGAAUAGGUUUGGUCAUAUUGGUGCACAGUAUAACGUAAAUAAUUUUGUACUUGGCAUCUUCCUACGGGGGGUUUCAUGCAGAGGUCAAGUGACGCCUGCGCCAGUUACUGCAGCGCCAUCUUUGUCUCUACACUGAUGAAAAUUCUUCCAGUUUGUGAUAAUGUGGUGGUUGAAACGUGGGUCCUGAGGGAGCUGGAUACGAGGAAAAACUUAUAGUGAUGCGUAUAAAAGAAGACCUUGUGUGAGUAAAAAGAGCAUGUUGCCAGUUGAAGCACUUGGCACUAUGGAGGCAAGUUCCUGAGGUAUCAUUGGUGCGACAGGCGCGGGCGGCGGACCUUAUCAGACUGGUGAUAUGGUGAACAGUGCCUUCCUACGGUGAUUUGUGGCCGCUGCACAGAACUGUAGUGACUGAUUUGUAUUUUGGUGUAUGUUAACUAAUAUAUAUAAAGAUGACUGCCGAAAAGCAGAUUUGUUUUAGCAUUUGUAUCUGUCAAAUGAUAGCCAUCUUGUCCGGGGUGUCGUUGCUCUACCUGGCAGUGAUCGUCAUUAUUCCAUCAAAGAAUGAACUGGCGAUGGGCUUUAAUACGACUCCUAUAAUGUGUACGACAGUGGAAGCCAAAGAUUUAGCAGCAGGAACAACGAAGAUCCCGUGUAAGUGGUCAACUUGUGGUGAAUGGUGUUUGUCCAAAGGGUCGGGAACCUGCAUGCAGAUCCACGUCAUGGUACGCAAUAACGGGUCGAAAGUCAACUUCCGAGACUGCGUAGACAUUGCUGAUGAAAACUGCUCGGCCCUCGACGUCAAUAAAACUCACGUCAGGCAUUGCAAGAGGGGGCAAUGUAAAGAUCUGACAGGCCUCUUCACCUGCACAAGAGACGGGGAAAACGAGUGCAGAGAAAUCACUCCAGCUUUUUAUUGUUACAGUCGUAAUAUACAAAAGAUACCCAUCACUUGUGACGAGGAAAAAUGUAAGGAACGACUAGACGGAGUGUUUUCCUGCAAGAAAGGCGAGUGCAAGAAACUUUGGGAUAAACGCAAGUAUUGGCUGGACUGUGAACGGAAGUGCACCAAUUUAGAGAUGCGAGAACGUAACGUCGUCAUCUUCAGCCGAGAGAGACUAGUGGCGACCGCCUGCUCCUCUAUGGAUUCACCUGACGCCAACACCUCCGCCAGUAUCGAGAGCGUCAGCAGCAAACAGGAAUGGCGGGACAAGAGGGAAACUCUCAUGCUCUUCUGCUCCUACGUCACCAAAGUUAAAGGCAAUAAGACCUACGACCUUCUCUCUGCUGACUGUUUCAAUGCCACCUUAGGAAGCGUGGAAGAAAUACAGGGAGUUAAAGAAUACAUGACCCUCCAGCAGAUACAUCAGACCUGGGGCAACCGCUCGGACUGGGUCAUCCUCCCAGAGCAGACACUCCGCAUCAUGAACAACACUCAGCUACGAAUUAAUCCCGAAGGCUGCGUCAACACCUUACGCAAGGAAUGCACGGCCUUCUUCGAGUCGCACGCCCAUGAUGGCUUUGACGGGAUGACUCCUGACCGUUACCCCUGCUACUUCACUGACAUGAGACAGGAAUUCGUCAUCGGAAAAUUCGACCCUGUGAUGACCUCGGCGAUCCUGCUGGUGGCGACGAUCCUGCCCGGGUGUCUCUUCGUGCUGGCCUGCACCUGCCUCUUCAUCUGCUCCAAAUCGGUAGGAGUGGACGACGAGGGGCACCUGAGGGUGACACUUCUCCAGGGCGGGGGCGCAGGAGGAAAGUGUGACUACUGGAUGGAGGGGCUGCUGUUGGACAAGGCGGAGGAUGAAGCCCGUGCUGCUGCUGCUGCUGCUGCUGCUGCCGCUUCUCAAGGGACACAAGAAGAGCAACCUGCACUGGAAAUGCAUGUCUUGGGAGAUCCACAACGAUGAUCUGAUUCAUGUAAAAUUACCUUGGAAAAUCUGUAAAUUAAAUUUACUUGCCUCUAUAUUGAAGUCACAUCCAUACUGUAGUCUACUGCAUAUUUCAGUUUAUUGAAAGAUUGUCUUUCAUCCCAAGUAACAAACAACCCAUCUGCCUCCAGUCCCCAGCUGUGGUUACCUUGUACUUACUUCAUGACACACCUUAGCACAGCAAGCUUUAUAGAGACUCCUCCUUGAAUGAUGUACUACAACCAGGCACCAAUACAGCCUCUCCAAGCUAUCUUUGCUAACACUGUCUUACACCUCUACCAGACAUAGUCAUCUUUAUGGAAGAGACACCUUCAGACAAGCACUGCAUUUACUACUGGUCAGUUAUGAUUAGUUCAAUAAAAGCUGGACAAAUGUGAGUCUGAAUCUCUCCAUAAAGAUAUGUUGUUGUAAUAUCUAUAUACUGUACUGGUGAUUUUUUAUAGGAAAAAUGCUAUUGCACAGCAUAUUAUAUAAUGUACAUUGUGAAAUGAAAUAUUCAUAAUAACAAAUAUGAGAACUUCAAGAUCUCAAUACAGCCAACUUAUAAAACUGUGAUUUUCAUUACAAGCAAUUAACAUAAAUUGCCCAUGUAAGUAAAAGAAGAAAGAAAUGAUAGCGACUGUUAAGAACCCUUUUUACCUUUAAGUGGGGUAUACAGUAUUAAGAUUUGACAUUUACUGUACAACCGAGUUCAUUAUUCUGGAAUUCCGUCAUCAAAAUGUAUCAUCAAACAAGACUGGGACUCCCACUAUCCCGCCUACUAUGCAUACUGUCUGGAAAACUUGGAUCAGUAAGUCAGUUUUAUAAACCCAUUAUCACCAGGAGUCAAUAUUUUCAUAGAAAACUAUAUGCACAAUAUUGGACAAGUGUAGUUAGUUUUAUUGGUGUAAAUGAUAAAGGGAUAAGAUUAAUCAAUUUUCAAAGAACAGACUAAAUAUUAUUCAGCAAAUACAGAAUGUGUCUUUUUCUACUUAUGUCUGAAAGUAUAAUAAUUAUUAUUAUUAUUAUUACUGUAUUAUUAUUAUUAUUAUUAUUAUUAUUAUAAUAAUUAUUACUAUUAUUAUUAUUAUUAAUGUAAACAGAUUUAUCCUAAAUACUGUACAUGAGUGGGAAGACGUCACAUAAAUAAUGAAAUAUUACUAUUGUACACGAGUAAGCUCUGUAUGAGGCAGCUGGCAGUAAAUAUAACAACUUUUUGUUCUAAAGCUGUCUGAGAAAAUUUGCUUUUAAUUAUAAUCAUCAAACUUUCUCUCUGGGAAUUUUAACUUCUGUACUGUAUUUCCCUCCGCAAAAUGCCAUUAUAUCAUAAAAAGUACUGUUAAGUUUUAUGGUCAUAUCACAUAAAUCACUUGUCACUUCAGACUCAUUCUAAAGCCAUUAAUGUAUAACUUCUUAUACACUGUAUUGUGAAAAAUAGCUUUUAUAUUUAAAUACCUGUCUACUAUUUGCCUUAAGUUUGUGUGUGUGUGUGUGUGUGUAAAACCAUAACUCCCUAUUUACUUUUAGCCUGUUGUAUUCAAAAUUGUUCUUGUGCUCCCAAGAGAACAGUUAUGAUGCUGUAACAACAGGAAUACUUAAAUUAUUCAGUAGCAAAGAGUGUUACAGAAGUACCAGAAUAUCUACAGUUUAAUGAUUUUUAGCUACGAUUGCAGUGAAUUACUGUAAUGACAAACUUCCCAAAUGAUUCUUGUGUAAUAUUGUAGAUUCAGGUAUACUUUGAGUCAUUCAAGCUGUAAUCAACUAGGCUGACUCCUUUGUCCCUCAAGCUUAAAAUAGUGAGAAAGUUUGACUGUUAUGUUUGGUAUACAUUAAUCCUGUAGUUGUCCCUGUUCAUUGUAACAAAUUUGGGGUAUAUCAAAGGCAAUGCUUUACUUCAGAGGUGGUGUUUGUGAUGAUGGAAGAAAGUGCUGUACCUUAAAAGUUCUGCCACGAGGGAACAUUAUGGUUUAAUGCUGUACAUGGUGCCAAGACCCAUCAUAACUUAAUGGUGGCAACAAGAUCCUACCCUGUGGAAAGGUGAUACAGUAUACAACUUUGCAUAAAGUGCUAAUGUUGUCAUUAAGGAAUGUUAUGGUAUGUCAUACAGUUGGUGCCACAACUCAUCAUGAAUGUUUAAAGAUCUGAAUAUGGUGUCAAAAUUAACCAGGAGGAUGGGGUUAUGUACUAUGAUCUAACCUUACAGGGUUGGAUAUUCAUGAUGGCACAAUGACCCACAGAGUUGUAGAUUGGUCAUGGCACUAUGAGCCACAGAGUUGUAGUUACAGCAAAGUGGUGGUACAAGGGCCUACCCUGGUGAAGGGUUACAGUAGUGUUGGUAAAAUCACCUCCCCUGAAAAAGAGCUAAAGUUGUAUAUCCCAGGGACAAAGCCACAGCUUUCUAUAUGGAAGCAAUACAAUAUAUUUAGAUGUGACAUGACCUGUCACCAGGAUAUGUUGUAGUAUAUCCAAGAGACUGAAACAAGCUUCUAUUGGGAAAAGAUAUGGUAUAUUCUGACAUGCCUAGUCAUAAGGAUAUUCUAUGGUAUAUCCCAGCGAUGGCUAUGUACUAGUCUGCCAUUUUCCAUUAUUAAUAAUUACUGUUUUAAUCACCAUGAAUUUACAAAUUAUCCUGUCCAUGUAAAUUGGGUACCACUUAACACAAGACUCAUAUAUGCACAAUUCAUAAUUUUAUCAUUUAAUUCAUGAUGUGAAUGCGUACUACCAAGUAUCACACCUUAUUCAUGAUGCAUUUUCAUUUAUAUGUACUGUGUCCAGUUAUGUAAGAAAUUAUAAAAAUGGAGGGAGCUUUAUUAUGCUAUACUGUAUUAUUAAUUAGGAACCAAAAUAGGCUUAGCAGAUUAUUUAACCUUUAAGACAUAUUAGAGCUCCCUCCUCGUUACCUUUGUUGUACAUAUAUAUAUUUUUUUCAGGCUUGUUCUAGCUCUGCAUGUAUAUAUAUGACAGUGCUAAAAUACUCAUAUAUACUGUUGAUAAAUAUUAUAAUACUGUUAAGUACCAGUUUAGCUACAACUAGAAGACAUGGCAUAUAGUAACCUGGUGCUAUUAUUUGAGUUAAAUCUAUUUGGGAAAUUUGUUAAAUCAUCUAAAUUUACCACUGUUAUAUAAUUCAUGAUAGGUUUAACAUAAAUUACAAGGCUAUAUUCUGUCCAAAAUAGAUGAUGUAGCUUUUUAUAUACAUUUGUUUUUCAAGAAAUCUUUGCACUUUAUCUAAUCAAUAUUGGUAAAGUCUAUCAAUGAGCACAAUUAUAAACAAGGUAAACCUAAGUCACCAGGAUUUGUUGCUUGAUCUUGCAACGUUCUCAUCUGUAAUAACUUGCAUAUGCAUUCAAAAUACAUCUGCACAAUAUUUGUGCUUGUUAAUGCUUACAUUUCUACACAAAGUUUGCAAUAAACAUUGCUCAACAA